AUGGGAAUAUUAGAUUUUGAUUUAUUUGUAGAUCUAGAAAAUUUAUCAGAUUGUUACAUAAAAGAACUUGAGAAUAAAGGAUUAUAUGUGAAUGAAGAGAUAAAACAAAAGAAUCAUGAGCUGACAAAAGCUGAAGAAGAACUUUUUUUUGAAAACCAAUCUAAUUCUAAUAUAUUAGAUGAUCUGACAAAUUUUAUAGACGAAUGUUUUGAUAAUGGAUAUAAGAAUGUUGAUUAUAAUUUAAGUGACAAAGUGUUGUCAACGAUUUCUGAGAGUAAUUCAACGUCAAAAAGUAGCACAAAUAAUCAAUUUAUUACUAAUAAAUUUAACAAACAAUUUUGUGCAAUAAAUCAAUCGAUUAAUGAAACAACAAAUUUUGAAGAUGGCAAUGGUAGCCAAAAAGCUAAAGCAGAACAUUCUAAUAAAAAUGAAUUUUGCAAAAACAAUACUAAUCUAUUAUUACAUUCAACUCAAAAUUGUUUAUUACAGAGGAAAGAUAUUAAUACAAAAGAUAAUACUUUUUUACCGACAAAUGAUAAUGUUAUUGUUUUAUCAGACCAUCAAAAUUACCACGAAAAGACUAACUGUAUUAAUAAACCAAGUAAUGCACAAAUUGAUGCACCAUCUAAUGUUAUUGAUUCAUCGAUUAAAAAAUCAGAAAAUAGUAAAUCUUCCAUUAAUACUUACAAAAAUAAUAAAAAUAUUAAAGUCAAAAGAGAAAAAUCAAAAAUUUAUAGAAUAUCUGAUAUUCGAUUAAGUAAUUUUGAAAAUGUUUUAAAACUUAAAAGAAACAUUAAAGCCAAAAACUUAUCGCUUUCUAAAGAUUUUACAACAAACGAGCGUAGACUUUUUAAUAAAUACAAACAGUUUGAGACUAAAUUUAAAUGGUUUUGUAGAAAUACAAUAAAUAUUAAAAUACCACAAUUUAUAAAAAAAUUGAAAGCAUCCAAUUUCUCAAAUGACAUAAAACAUAAUUCAAUUUCUGCUCUAAAUAGUAUUUUAAGUUUUUUUGAUGCUGUUAAUGCAAUUUAUAUAAUUAUACGGGGAAAAUCAAUUUAUGAUUUUAUAAAUUCAUUAAAUCUAGCAUGUAAUAAAUUUGGUGAAUAUAUUGAUAUAUCAAAAAAAUUUUAUAUUGUUGAAUCAAAUUUAAAAAGUUUACAUAUGCGGGGUAAUAAAUACAUUUGUUCUGACGAUUGUAGUUUCUGUAAAAUUAUAUCCCUACUUAUUAGUUUAAAUAUAAGAUUUAACUCUUUGUGUAAAAGUCUUGUAGAGUUUAUAAAUAGUAUUGAAAAAAAGAGCAAUUAG